UCCCACGGAGAAGAAGAAAAUAGCUGUAAGAAAAUGAGCACCGGAUCAAGUGUUUGCUUGCUUUAAGGACAAAUCUCCGCUAUUUCACCGGAAAACAACAUUUAUCGCAAAAGGAUUAUUGUCUUCAUUCGUCACCCGUUAGGUUGAUGAGGGACUGGGAAGGAUGAUGAUUUCCUGAUCUUCACACUCUUCUCCAGCCAAUACCAAGCAUGAACCACACUCCCAGUCCACACAUGUCUGAUGGCAGCAAGUCGGCAGGUGGCGGUCUAUUGUGCAGCCUGGGCAUGGGUUCUGACAGUGGGAUUCGUUCGCCAGAAUGCCUUACCCAAACCCCUAGCCCUAUUGGAGGGACCCCUAGCUCCAGCCCUCCACUGCUGCUUUCUCCUGGGCUUGGAGGCCUGGGCCUGGGAGCCAUAGGCGUCAUGGGUGAGGCAGCUGGGGCAGAUUGGGAGAGCAGGGAAGAGCUGAGACUCAGGGAGCUGGAGGAAGCACGAGCCAGAGCAGCUCAGAUGGAGAAAACUAUGCGCUGGUGGUCAGAUUGCACGGCCAACUGGAGAGAGAAAUGGAGCAAGGUUCGCGGAGAGCGUAACCGUGCACGCGAUGAAGUCCGCCAAUUGAGGCAGAGGUUGGAUGCUCUCACCAAGGAGUUGACAAGCGUACGAAGGGAACGUCAGGAACUAACAUCAGAAAUCGAAGUGCUAAGACAGGAUGUAUUACAUCUCCGCAAUGAUCCUACUGCUCCUCCUCUAGCCACCAGUUCUCCUUCUUCCUCACCUGAGUACCACAUAUGUGCUGCUUCCUCUCAAUCUGUUGCGCCACCUUCUACCUUGCAAGACCAAACUGACAGCACGUUGGACAGGUUAAAAGAGGGGUUACCUGGGUCUCCAGAACCUGAACCAGUAAGGGACAUGGACAUGAACACACAAAAAGUAGGUCAACAAAAGCAGGAAAUGGAGCUGCUUCAGUCUGUGAUGCAUUCACGAGCUCCAGGUGGCGACACUCAAGAGUCUUGGGACGGUCAGAGUGGCGAUUGCAUGAACCCACCUGGCACACGUUCAUCCUCUGGUUUGAGCCGGCAGGAACGCAACAGGCAGCUAUGGGGGGACAUGGGUGCCAUAGAGGAUGACUCCAGGAAACUCAACGCUUUGCAGCUUCGCCUGGACGAGUCCCAGAAAGUCCUGCUGAAAGAAAGAGAAGACAAGCUUGCUUUAAGUAAGAGCAUCGCGAAGCUGGAGCUCGAGCUCAGUCAGUGGAAACUUAAGUAUGAGGAGAUAAGCAAGAAUAAACAAGAAGUCCUCAAACAGCUGAAUCUACUGAAGGAAAUACAUCAGGAUGAACUUGGUCGCAUAUCUGAAGACCUGGAGGAUGAACUUGGAGCUCGGACCAGUAUGGAUAAGAAACUAGCUGAACUACGAACUGAGAUGGAGAGGUUGCAGGUGGAGAAUGCGGCAGAAUGGGGUCGCAGAGAGCGCUUGGAAACAGACAAGCUGGCACUGGAGCGUGACAAUAAGAAGCUGAAGGCUCAGGCUGAAGACCUGGAAGAACAGCUCGCAAAAAAACGUCGUCAGGCUGCGUCAGCAAUCGACACUGACCUAAAGACCAUGCAGACUGAGUUGUUUGAGAAAAACAAGGAGUUAGCUGACCUUCGCCACAUUCAUGCAAAGCUGAAAAAGCAGUUUCAGGAAAAGACAGCAGAGCUCGCCCAUGCCAACAGAAGGGUGGAGAGCCAUGAGGCUGAAGUCAAAAAACUGCGCCUGCGAGUGGAAGAACUCAAAAAAGAAUUAGGUCAGGCAGAAGAUGAGCUGGAUGAGUCACAUAACCAGACAAGAAAACUACAGAGGUCUUUGGAUGAACAGGUAGAGCAGACAGAGAACCUGCAGGUGCAACUGGAACACGUGCAGUCCAGACUGCGGCGGCAGCAGUUGAGUCCUGCUCUGUUUGGGAAGAAGCGAUCGGCCCGAUUUAGCCCCGAGAUUCCAGAGGGGCCGAGCAGCGACGUGGAUGACGAAGAUGAGCAGCUGCAGCUACAGAUCCCUGGAUGACACUUAUACACACAUGCAGAGUUUCCAGCAGAGCAGAAUAUUGUUGUAGAAAACUUUACCUAAAAUAGCGCCAUCUUGCUACUACUGUCUGACAUGAAAAUAGCCAUGAAAGGAUGGAAUUAUUUGCAUGGCCACUAUCAGCCCAGUACAUCUUGUGCAUUUAUGAUCGGUCCUGGUUCACAAACCAAAUCAGUAGUUGUGAAUAUGUUUGUUUCUUCAGCAAUUAUACAAAAGUAACAAUUCUGCCUGUUUUGAGACACACAUCAGGAUAAAAACCCAAAUUUAGUUGCUAUCCUAUCUCAAGGAACACGACAUAGGUCAGAGUAGAAGUAGAUAUUAUUAAGAAAUACACACUAUCCUGCUCCCAUUCAGACAUUACUGCAAUACAAAAUUACUGUGCAAAAGUCCUAGGUCAGACAGGAUGAUUCUGGAGGGUCCAAUUCAGCCUUCUCCGUGUAUUAUUUUCUUACUCAAUACUCUUCAAGCAGUUGUGACUUCUAAUUGAACUUUGUAGAUUUAUUUGGCAGGGAAGCAAUGGUGCAAAUAUUAUCUCCAGAAUUCACAAGCUAUUAUAAGAAGCUCCAAGGCCUUCACAUUAGUAGUCUUGAGGAAAGUAUUGCAAAAAGACCAAAUUACUUUUGCACAGUACUGCAUUCAUGUGUAUUGAUACUAAUACUGUUUUUGUUAGUCAAAUGAUGGUGGUGUUUUGAUACUUUCGUAAUACUGAAUGUGAUGUCUAAAAACAAAUUGUGCUGUUUUUUUUUUAUUUUUUUCAUGCACCUCUAUAGCUUGUUGAAUCAUAAAUACAGCAACCUACAACAGGAA